AUGGCUUCCUACCGUCGCUCCGACUUUGAGGAGCGAGACACUUACUAUUCUGACCGUCCACCCCGCCGAGGCGGUCGUGAUGUCGACAAUGUUGAAAUCUACGAACGCGAACGCCGUGAGGAGCGUCGAUCACCUCCACGACGCCCCGUCAACGUCGAUGAGCUCGACGUACGUGUCCGGGACAGUGUUAUCGUGGCCCGUCCCCCCACACCGCCUCCACCACCACCGGCGCCUCGCCGUACACGCGACACUGAGAUUGAUAUUUACACAUCACGCAAUGAGACUGAGGUUGAUAUUCACAAGACGACCUCGCAUUCGCACAGUCGUACACGAGGUCGCUCCCAGUCUCGCGACCGUCUGCCGGUUUCCAGACCCACCUAUAAUCAUCAACACUACCACGAUGACGAGAUUCUAGUACGUUCAGAACGAGAUCGACUCCGUGUAGAUAUUGAUGAGCGACGUGGGAUGGCUGGCCACCGUCGCGCACAUUCCGCGGCCCCGGAGCGCGUUGACUACAGUGAUGAGGCUGAGUACAUCACCUCGAAGAUUGAUAGCCGAGGCCGUAUGGGCGAAGCCUGGCACGGAGCAACACGGGACUGGACCAUCGUUGAUGUGCCGCCUGGAACGGAACGCGUUAAGAUGGACGGCGUCGGUGGUGGCGGUGCCGAGGUAACUUGGCAGCGGUAUAACGGUGUGCGGCGAGCCAAGUUCAUCCCGGAGCGUGAGUCCAGCGGCGCGCUCGUGCCGCUCCAAACGUCACCCAACACGUCCUCCACGACCAUCAUAUCAGAACGUGAUCGCAUAGCUCCCUCGCCUCGGGAUGCCGAGCGAGACCGUCUCAGCGUACAGAUUUACGAUAAGAACCGUGAGAUCGACGUUGAAAAGGUGACGGAUCGCAGGAUCAGCCUCCGGCCAUCGGCUCCGGCACCAGUCAAGCGCAGUGAUAUGUGGACAGAGAUUACUAAAGAUCUCGUCGUCCGUGAGGCCAUCGAAGAAAUGGGAUAUGAGUACGAAGAGACUGAAUUUUUCUACUACGUCAUGCAAUACCUACGCUAUGAGGAUGUCCUUCAGCUCGUGCAGAUGUCUGACAACAUCCGCCGCCGCCGAAAGGAUCGCGUUCGUGAAAUCCAAUGGGAACGCGAGUAUCGUGACGAAUGGGAGCGGGAGAGGCACCAUCAUCAUCACCACAGUCAUAGCCGUCACAGACGACCAAAGUGGGACGAGGACGAACGCAUCGUGGAACGCGAGGUCAUCUACGAUCGCGCGCCUAGAUACCUGCGUUAG